AGUGUUCAAAACUGAAACAGUGAAACCAGACGCCGACAAGAGGAAGAAAUGGAGAAGAAAAGCAAAGUACUGAUAAUUGGAGCAACUGGAAAUUUAGGGUUCCAUUUGGCACAAUUUAGCCUCAAAUUUGGUCACCCAACUUUUAUUCUUAUUAGAGACUCUGCUUUCACUGACCCUGUCAAACUACAAAAGCUAAAUUCCCUAACUGAUGCUGGUGCUACAAUCCUUAAGGGUUGUUUGGAGGAUGAGAAAAAUCUAGUUGAGGCGGUGAAGCGAGUGGAUGUGGUGAUAUGUUCAAUUCCAUCUAAACAGGCUCUUGAUCAGAGGCUUCUUAUCAAAGCUAUUAAAGAAGCAGGGUGCGUCAAGAAGUUCAUUCCAUCAGAAUUUGGAGCAGAUCCAGAUAAAGUUCAAGUAUCUGACAUAGACCAAAACUUUUAUUCACAAAAAUCUGAGAUUCGACGUCUUAUAGAAGCUGAAGGCAUUCCUUAUACUUACAUCUGCUGCAACCUCCUUAUGAACUAUUUACUUCCCUCACUAAUUCAACCUGGUUUGAAGACUCCACCCAGGGACAAGGUCACAGUGUUUGGAGAUGGGAAUGUCAAAGGUGUCUUUAUGAAGGAGCAUGAUGUUGCUGCCUUCACAACUUGCACAAUAGAUGAUCCGCGUGCAUUGAACAAGACAUUGUAUUUGAGGCCUCCUGGAAACGUCUAUUCAAUAAAUGAGCUGAUUGAGAUCUGGGAGUCUAAGAUUGGGAAAAAGCUUGACAAGAUUUAUGUACCAGAAGACCAACUUCUUAAGAAAAUUAAAGACACUCCAUAUCCAGACAACAUGGUUCUGGUCUUUAUAUACUCUGUUUUUGUAAGAGGAGAUCACACGUAUUUCAACAUCGAGUCUUCUGGAGGGGUAGAUGGGACACAACUAUAUCCACAUCUAAAAUACACUACAAUAAGUGAAUACUUGGAGACAUUGGUGUAAGAAUGUUAUGAUUUUGACUUCACGUUUCUACUUUAUCUACAUGCUACCUCAUUGUUCGACGAGACUGUUGACUGACAUAACAUGUUUUGUCUGAAGCUGAUUGAAAUGUUGAGAAGAAACAUUAGCAGAAAGGGGAUUCAUAUGACGCAUGAUUUGUGUAACCCUUAAAAUGACUGAUCUGAGUUAUACUGUAUGUCCUGUUCUUCUGGAUUAAGGGCCUAAUCGCCUUCAUAAGAAUAUUUUUCUGAUUUUGUCGAAUAAAUUAUUGGUCUUUUUGGCAGAGAAA